CAGCCUGCCCAAUGGUGGUAUGAUUAUGUAAACGAGUUCAGCCUGUUGACCAGGAGUAAUGAAAUCACUUGGAUCAGAUACUCCAGUAACCUCGUUGAAGUGUUUGGAAGUGGGAACUUGUCUCAGACGAACUGCAAUUUGGAGAAAACUUAAAUUCUGUGCUCGGUUUACAUUAUUAAAACAUUAAGCACCAGGUCUUGGAUGUCUUCUCUGUGAUUACCAAAGCGGAUAUCUAAAAAAAAAAAAAAACUCACAGCCAUUCAAGAUGAAGUAUAAAAACCUGAUGGCAAAAGCCUUGUAUGACAAUGUACCAGAGUCCCCUGAGGAGCUGGCAUUCCGCAAAGGAGACAUCCUGACUGUGAUUGAGCAGAACACUGGAGGCCUCGAAGGAUGGUGGCUCUGCUCUCUGCAUGGUCGACAAGGCAUCGCCCCGGGCAACCGCUUGAAGCUCCUUAUAGGGCCCAUGUUUGACAGCCAGUCCCCCAGCCAGACGCCCACAACCCAGUCCUCCCAGCAUCAGGGUUGCCCAGCACCCAUCACACAGAACUCCUCUUUCAAAGACUCUGUUUACCAAGUGCCUCCAUCUCAUCAGAACCAGCAGAGCAUCUACCAGGUGCCCCCCAGCCACCGCUCAGUUGGCAAAGAUAUAUACCAAGUGCCUCCCUCUGUUCAGAGGAACGUCUGGGGUACGGAUGGACCUUCCAGCAAGGUUGUCACCCCAGUCCGGGUUGGACAGGGCUAUGCCUAUGAGUCUCUCUCCCGAUGUCAGCAGGAUGUGUAUGACGUGCCGCCCGUUCGACCACAAGGGCAGGUGUACGACAUACCUCCAGCAAUGCAAAAGGGCCCCAUGUUCCCUGGCCAGAUGGGAGAUCCUCGGGCUCAGGGAGUCUAUGAUAUACCCCCUUCAACACAUGGGGUGUUUUCCGCCCCCCUUCAAAGAGAGGGUAACUACGAUUUUCCACCACCAAUGAAGAAUAAAGCUGAAGGAGUAUAUGAUGUACCGCCUCCCAGCAUUAAACCACAGGGGCAUUCCAACUAUGAUUUUCCACCAAGUUCUGACAUGUUGCCACGCAACAACAAAGGCAUCUACGACAUCCUGCCCCCCCAAUUGCUUGGGCAUCAGCUUGGGGCCCACAAAGAUGUGUACGAUAUUCCUCGAGGGAUGCAACCCCCUGGAAAGCAAAAAGCUGCUGGAGACAGGCUAGCCCCAGAGAAGGGAGAAGGCAUAUAUGAUGUACCCCCUCAGGUUUUGCAAGACUCUAAAGGUGUCCAUGAUGUGACCGAUGGGAUGAACAGGUUGUCUUUCUCCAGCACAGGAAGUGCAAGAAGCAACAUGUCAACCUCCUCCACGACCUCCAAAGAGUCAUCCAUCUCAACUACCCCUACACAGGAGAACAAACUCCUUUUAGACUUGGACACAGCCAUCCAAAGGGUUUCCUGGCUUCAGCAGAGUAUCGAGUUGUCUGUCUCGGGUCUCAUGGGUUACGUGGCCCCGAACUGGAGGUCCUACGAAUAUAUGGAGAAGCACAUGAAUGAGAUUCGUGCAGCUGUAGACAAAGUCAAGCAAAACUUGACAGACUUUUUAAAUUUCAGCAAAGGGGCGACAGCCAAUGCAUCAGGCCUAUCAGACCUGAUCCUGUACAACAAAUUUAAAAAGCAGCUUCAGAGACUGGAGGAUUCUAACCAGAUCCUCAUGAAAACCAGUCAUGCUCUGGAUGGCUGGAGCUGGUCCUUAAACAUAUUGACUACUAAUAAGCCACACAACAAAUGUGAUGACCUGGACCGGUUCAUCAUGGUGGCAAGGACAGUUCCGGAUGAUGUCAAGCAGUUGGCAUCCUCCAUCUCCACUAACGCUGAGCUCCUGUUUCAAAGGUCCCCGUUCGGCUUGAGUUCUAAUAGUGUCAGUGAUCCCAGAGCUGAAGAUAAAAACUCAGUAGACUACAUUUAUAAUAGCCCACAGCCACACCUGGAAAAAGAGGACAAGACAGUAGUCCAGAGCAGGACUUUGUCUGGCCUGCCUGAUACUGACCAAAAGUCAAACGGCAUUGCUGAGAAAUGUGUGAAGAGCUGGAUGGAAGAUUAUGAUUACGUCCAUCUACAGGGAAAAGAGGAAUUUGAGAGGCAACAAAAAGAACUUUUAGAGAAAGAGAACAUCAUCAAACAGAACAAGAUACAGCUGGAACAGGAACAGCUUAAUCAGUUCAAACAGCUGGAGAAAGAGGUUAUCAAGCCUGUAGAAAAUGACAUUUCUACAUGGAGUGCAUCCCAGAACAUUCCCCAGACGAACAGUGGCCAGUGUGCUAAGGACAAACAGUUGCUUUUCUUCUAUUCUGAGCAGUGCGAGACCCACUUUGUUACACUUCUGAACGCCAUUGACGCCUUCUUCAGCUGUAUUGGUGCAGGCCAGCCUCCCCGGAUCUUUGUUGCUCACAGCAAGUUUGUCAUUCUCAGUGCUCACAAACUCGUGUUUAUUGGGGAUACCUUGUCUAGACAGACGUCCACUUUGGAGAUCAGGAAUAAAGUUAUGAACUGCAGCAACAUCCUGUGCGAACAUCUAAAAUCAAUUGUGUCAUCCACCAAAAUGGCUGCCCUGCACUACCCCAGCACAGCAGCUGUGCAGGACAUGGUGGACAGGGUAACUGAUCUUUCCCAUAAUGCACAGCAAUUUAAGUUGCAGCUUCUACAAAUGGCAACUAUGUAAAAUAAAUUAAAAAAACAGACUUUGUGACUUUUAAACUUUCUUCAGGAACGAAGCACCAAUACAUUGUAUAUGUUGUAUAUGUUUUCUAUAUAUAUAUUGUCUAGUCCUUCUUCCUGAAGAAGGUAACUUGGCAGGACUAUUUUGAAGCUUUAAACAAAAGAACAUUUAUUUUUACAGUACGAUGAUGUGUCCCAACAUUCCACUCCGCUGAUAUUCAUAUUAAGCACCUUAUGAAGUAUUCAUCAGAUAUAUUCAAUCAAUAGAUGUAUAUCUUGGUUUAAUUAAAUGCUGUGUUUUACUGGUAAUACACUCCUCUCUACAAAGUAUGUUUCAUGGUAACUUACAUGAAGAAUCAAAAAACUGUUUGCCUUCUGUGUUUAUUAUAAAGUUAUGAAUUAAAAAAAAAAGAUGAAGGGUGUAUACAUGAUCCCAAGUCACAGUGUGUUCUUGCUAUGUGUAAUGAUGACUCUUCAUUGAUGAAAUUGGGGUUCCAAGAACUAAACAAGUAGUUUGCUUUAUUUCCACUGCAUAAAAUCUGGUACUCAAUCGUUAAGGAGAAGCCAGUUUCAUCCAGCAUAACUGAAUAGACUAGAAGUGGCAUAAAGAUGAUAAAUGCUGAGGUGAAUUCAAAGCUUCCUGUAAAUGUGUAUAUUUUGUUAAGUACCCAAUGCUUAUUGUAUCACGGUCUUUGUCAUCUUUUUUCCAUGAAGCAGUUGUUUUAGAUAUUUUAUUAGAGCUUAGUUUUUGUACAUAUUGAUAUUAUUAUAUUUUUUUUGUCUAGAAAGAUUUGUUAUGUUUUUUUUAUACUGUUUUUAUUUUGUAAUCUAACUGAACAUGGUGGAAAUGUGACUUGCCUACUCGAAUACACAUGAAAAGGGGUCUGAUUGGUAAUUAAAAGGACUGUAAUACAUUUAGCAAUCAUUAUGUUACAUUUGUUUAGAAGUUUGAAACCAAUUUGGAGCUGAUUGUGUUGGCUAAAUUAACUAGAAAGUUUAACUAAAACAUUCUUGUGUUACAUUAUGAUGUCCCAAAGAGAUGUGUAAAGAAUACAUAAUAUUUAAGUUACUAGAACCAAUUGAUUAGUGUCUUUGUGCUUAAUUGGUUUUAAUUACUUGAUAAAAAUGAAGGAUCAAAGGAUACUACAUUUUCCAUUUUACUUUCUAUUGUUUAAAAAAUGUGAACAGGUUUUUAAGGGAGCAUGAAUUGGGGCAGCCUUAGUCCUUGUUGUCCACCCAUGUCCACUGUUCUACCCAUAUCUGUUAGUCAUUUAGUUGAACCAAUUCAACUCCUGGCCAGGUCAUAAAACGAUUUAAUCAUACCUAUUAAAUCUGGAAUAGAGUAGCCUCUGUGACCAGAGUUGUCUACCCCUGUAUUACACAUUAUUUUAACCUCCCAAAUUAUCUUGUAAAACAGCUGCUUUGAAACCCCUAGCAACCCAAAAUUCAAAAGCAGAUGCAUUUACAAGGACAUUUGGUAGCUCUUUGAGGUUUAACAAAUACUAAUGACUAUUAUUUAUUGUUUUCCCUGUGGUUUUGUUAAGUGUAAUCUCUCAUAUGCCAAUAAAUCAUUGGAUUUCAAUUAAAUUCCUUUGCUAAAAUAAAUCUCCUAGAGCUUGCAUCAAUUGGAAGAAUCAGUGACCUGCUGAACAAUUAUAAAGAAAACAAUAGGAUAUUUUUAUUCUCAGUAACUUUGACAUAAACAACAAAAACAUUUAGGAAUUUAAAAAUCCCUUUAGGGCAUAAAUUUACAUUAUCUUUGAAAAUUGGACAUGGUAAUAUUUUGCAAAGGUCUUUUCUAAAUUGGAGUUUUUUUGCAUUUCUUUUUUUUAUUUUCAAAAUAAGUAUAGAAAAAUUGUGGAAGUUUAAAAAAAAAAAAAAAAAAAAAAAAAAAAAAAGGUAGCAGAAAAAUAUAUUAUUUUAGGAUUAAAUAAAUAUGGGAAUAAUGAUCCAGACGCAUUCUACACAUUUAUGUGUUUGUACAGAUUAGCAGAGCAAUAAUUUAUCAUAGGUAGAAUUCUGGACCGGCAACUGAUUAGCUAACAAAAUAAUUCCAUAAAACGUACCUGCUGCACUUCCAUUAGCUACAUAGGUCUCCAUUUUUAUUUUAAAAUAUUAUACAUGGUGUCAUAGGAGGUAUCUGAUGCUCUUGUGCUUCCUUGGUCAUUUCACAGCAGCAGUGUUUUCUGGGUCAAAGCAUGUUCCUGGCUGAAAGCAUGUCAGUCAGUUGGAGAAGCAUACUUUUGUCUGCGACUGUCUACUUUAUACAUACAUACUGUUUUAAACCUAUUCUUUAUGGUGAAGAGAUGCAUGCAUGCAUACAAUAUGUAUGCUAUUCAUUAUACAUGUGACUUACAAAAAGAAUACGCUGUAAUGACGCACUAUAUAUACUGUAUAAUUAUAUAUAUAUAUAUAUAUAUAUAUAUAUAUAUAUAUAAAAUCCACUGACUUGAUUGAUAUAAUUUAGUCCCUAAAGUAGCUUUGUUUAAAGAAAACAAACCAAAAAAAUAUAUAAUAAAUAGAAUGAAAAAAGCAUUCUUUAUCUUUAUCUCACUAAA